AUGGCCAAGGACAAGUCCAAGUCCAAGCUCAAGUCGAGGUCAAGGCCCAAGACCAAGGCGAAGAAGGCGGCUACGAAGACCAAGGCAGAGUUGCGGAGCAAGGCCAAGGCCCGGCGACGCAAGUCGCGGCUGCGGGUGGUGCGGCCGCCGUGGGUGCUCAAGCCCAACGACGACGGCGCCUUUACCGUCCACUGGGGCUCGCUCGCCAAGUACCGCUUCGGUGAGCAUCUUGGCUCGGGCUCGUACGGCGAGGUCUUUCUGGGCUGGCACAAGGCUUCUGGUGUGCCGGUCGCGCUGAAGGAGAUGCGUGAGGAGGAGGACGAGCGGAACCGGACCCGGAAGGAAAUCAACACCCUGCUGCGGAUCCACGACGGGCCGAACAUUGUGCGGCUGUACGACACGGUCCGCGACCGCGAGGGUGUCGCCCACUUGGUCUUUGAGCACGUCGACGAGAACCGCUGGCAGUCGCUCUACUGCGUCCUCUCCGACACCGACAUCCGAACCUACAUGUAUAAGCUCUUCCUCGCCCUGGCCUAUGCCCACGACGCCGGUGUUGUCCAUCGCGACAUCAAGCCGGCCAAUGUGCUCAUCGAUCACGGCCGUCGCAAGGUCCGUCUCAUUGAUUGGGGCUGCGCCGGCCUCCUCCGCCCGGGCAAGUCGUUUACCCGCUUCCCGGGCACCCGCCCCUACAAGGCGCCCGAGCUCCUCCUGCACAUCCACCAGUACGGCGCCGCCGUCGACGUUUGGUCCGCCGGCAUUGUCUUUGCCUCCAUGCUAUUUCGCCGCAUUCCGUUCUUCACCGGCAUGCAGUCGGACGUCGAGCAACUUGUGCUAUACACCCGGCUACUGGGCACCGCAAAGCUCAAGGCCUACGUCGAUUCGGUCGGCGUCGCCCUGCCGGGCGCUGUCAAGCGGACCGCGCACAAAGUCAAGUCGUUCCGCGCCCUCGUCACCGACGACAACCACGACAACGUCUCGAGCUCCGCCCUCAACCUCCUCCGCCGCACCCUUGCCUACAAUCCCGAACGCCGCAUCUCUGCCGCCGCCGCGCUCGAGCACGAGUACUUUGACCCAGUCCGCCGCGCCGCGGAAGCGCCGACGGCCUCGGACGACUCGGCCUACGACGAUGAUCCGGGCCACCUACCGGCCGUCCCCGACGACGCCAUCGACUUUGGCCUCGGCUUCUCCUCCACCGGUGAGUCGUCGUGCGUCGGCUACUCGUCGACCUCGGGCUCCGGCUCGGACUCGGACGCCCCGCGCGCCUCGCGCCGCCGCACCACCACAGGCUCGCUCGUCCCGCUCGGCCGCUCCUCGCGCGGCUCGCUCUUCGGCUCCAUGUGGUCUGACAUCUCCUACGCCUCGCGCUAUGAUGUCUCCGACUCGCUCUAGCUCCCGCUGGCGCUUCCGGCCACAGCACGGCGUGCAUACUGUCGCCCAACACUCGACGCCACCACAAUCCACACGGCCGCAAAGCCGGCCGAGACCAGCGAGCCGGACUCAAGGAGCGCCGCCGUCGAGUUCUUGAGCCGAGCUGUGAUCGACGCACCCACGCCCUUGGCCAGCCGUGUCCCAAACAUGUCGAUCCACGACUUGGCCUUGAACCGCACGUCGGGCGUCGUCGAGAGGUACAGCAGCUCCUUGGCCGGGUUGUUGAGCGAGUAGUUGAACGCCUUGAGCGCAACCAUGCCCACAAACAUAAACGCAAGCGAAGG